CUCGAGUGGGAACCGCAGCCGGCAGCCUGCGCCUAGGCCCCGGGCUCCGGAGGACAGCCCUUCAGCGCUCGCCGGGAGUGGGAGGGGUUUCGAUAGAGAAGGACGGCAACAGUCCACAACACCCCUCCGCACUGGGGGAGCAGCCGAAUGAGAGACGCCGAUCCAACGUUAGAAACGGAAGGGGACUUAUUUGAGAGGGAAAAAAAAAUUAAAUAAGUUCACCACAGGAAGAUAUAUAUAUAAAUAAAUAAAGCCAUGGAGGGAAGGAAUGAGGCUUCAGGUCCUUCCAGGGGGAAGGAGAAGUCUGGUAAGAUGAAGAAAAGCCUGGAGGAAGGAGAAAAGAAAACCAAGUUUACUUUUAAGAAGCUAAUUCCUGAUGAGCUGGAACGGUUCACUAGCAUACGGAAGAAGGAGAAGCCCUAUGUUCAAGCAAAGCACUCGUCAACACCAGUUUAUGAAGAUCAUCCUUCUGCACUGCCCUCGCUGUCUGACAGUGAGGUGCUGGAGCUAUUUGAGCAGAUGUUGCUUGACAUGAAUUUGAAUGAAGAGAAGCAACAGCCAUUAAGAAACAAAGAUAUGGUUAUAAAAAGAGAAAUGGUUUCUCAGUACCUUCAUACCUCCAAAGCAGGGCAAAAUCAGAAAGAAAGUUCCAGGUCACCAGUGAUGUACAUCCAAGAAUUGAAAUCAGGAAUACGAGAUAAUCCGCUCCUAAGUUGUUUAGAAUCUUUACGUGUUUCUCUCAGCAAUAACCCAGUCAGUUGGGUGCAGAACUUUGGUAAAGAUGGGCUAGCGACACUCUUGAGUAUAUUGAAAACAUUACAGGAUGAGCAGGAUCCUUUAAGUCUGAACACAAAAAUUCAACAUGAAAUUAUUAGGUGCCUCAAAGCUUUUAUGAACAACAAGAAUGGGAUAAAGAUGAUGUUGGAUUCAGAAGAUGGCAUUCUACUGUUGGUCAAAGCCGUAGAUCUUAGUGCACCGUCUAUGAUGAUUGAUGCUGCCAAGCUAUUGUCUGCUAUCUGUGUCCUGCCUGGACCUGAGAAUAUGCAUGAAAAGGUGCUAGAAGCAGUGACAGAGAGAGCAGAGGAGAAAGAAUGUGAAAGAUUCAAGCCACUGUUGGAUGGAUUAAAGAUCGAACAGAGCAUAGCACUAAAGGUGGCAUGCAUGCAGUUUGUUAAUGCCCUCAUCAUUCCUGCAGACGAACUCGAUUUCAGGAUUCACCUGCGGAGUGAGUUCAUGCGUUUGGGCCUCAGUCGGAUAUUACCGGAAUUAAGGAAAAUUGGAACCGAAGAACUUAAUGUGCAGCUUUCUGUGUUUGAUGAACAUGCGGAGGAAGAUUCAGAAGAUUUGAAAGGUCGCCUGGAAGAUAUUCGAAUAGAAAUGGAAGAUGUGAAUGAAGUCUUCCAGAUGCUGCUGAACACUGUGAAAGACUCCAAAGCAGAGCAAUACUUCCUAUCUAUCCUUCAACACUUGCUUCUGAUCCGCAAUGAUUACCAAGCCAGGCCACAGUAUUACAAGCUUUUAGACGAAUGUGUGUCUCAGGUAGUCCUACAGAAAAAUGGAGCUGACCCAGACUUCAAAUGUAGAAAAGUCUCUGUGGAUGUGGAACAUUUAAUAGACAACAUGAUUGACAAAACCAAAGUGCAAAUCAGUGAAACCAAAGCUGCAGAAUUGGAAAAAAAGCUUGAUUCGGAGUUGACCACUCGGCAUGAACUACAAGUGGAAAUAAGGAAGAAAGAAGCAGAUUUUGAAGUGAAGCUCUCUGAACUUCAAACAAAGCAACAGGUGCUAGAGACGAGUAAAACAGAGGUGGAGAUUGAAAAUAAGAAACUGUUGAAUGAAAAUAGUCAACUAAAGGAUGAGAACACACAAUUAUCUAAGAACUUGGAAGAUACAAAGACAAAGUUGGCCAACAUUCCAAAAGUGUUGCCGCCACAACCAGAUCAGAUUAACAAGCCAUUACCCCCAGCAGCACCUCCACUACCAGGCCAACCAGGAAUUCCUCCUGCACCUCCACUGCCAGGACACACCGGGCCACCUCCACCUCCACCUCCACCUCCACCUCCGCUACCAGGACACAUUGGGCCACCUCCACCUCCACCUCCGCCUCCACUACCAGGACUCACAGGGCCACCUCCACCUCCGCCUCCACCUCCACUACCAGGACAAGGUGGCCCGCCUCCACCUCCGCCUCCACUACCAGGACAAGGUGGCCCGCCUCCACCUCCGCCUCCACCUCCGCUACCAGGACAAGGUGGCCCACCUCCACCACCUCCGCUACCAGGACAAGGUGGGCCACCUCCACCUCCUCCACCUCCUGGGUUUUCCAGCAUGCCACCUCCACCACCUGGGAUGCUUGGUGCUCCUUUUGCUCCAGUUGCCCCCAGUUUACCAUUUGGACUGACAUCUAAAAAAGAGUACAAGCCAGAAGUUCAACUCAAAAGGCCUAAUUGGCCAAAAAUUAUGCCUAAAGAUAUGAAUGAAAAGUGUUUCUGGGUCAAGGUAAAGGAGGAUAAGUAUGAAAGUAAAGAGCUCUUUGCGAAACUCACCCUUACAUUCUCUGCACAGACCAAGACAAGUAAAGCCAAGAAGGAACAACAAGAUAUGGACGACAAGAAAACAACACAGAAGAAAAAAGUUAAGGAACUAAAGGUGUUGGAUGGCAAAACAGCUCAGAAUCUAUCUAUCUUCUUGGGUUCUUUCCGUUUGUCAUACGAGCAAAUCAAGAAAGUAAUUCUUGAAGUGGAUGAAAAGGUUUUGACAGAAUCACUGAUCCAGAACCUUACUAAGCAACUUCCUCAGCAAGAGCAGUUGAAUGCCUUAGCAGAGCUGAAAGAUGAAUAUAAUGACCUCUCAGAACCAGAGCAGUUUGGAGUAAUUAUCAGUUCUGUGACCUGUUUGAGACCUCGAUUGAACGCAAUACUAUUUCUGCUCCAGUUUGAAGAGCAGGUGAAUAACAUUAAACCAGACAUCGUAUCAGUGAAGGCAGCCUGUGAGGAAGUGAGGAGCAGUGAGAGUUUUUCCAAGUUAAUGGAAAUCAUCUUGUUGGUGGGAAACUACAUGAAUGCAGGAUCACGGAAUGCUGGAGCAUUUGGGUUCAGCAUCAGCUUCCUUUGUAAAUUAAAAGAUACAAAAUCCACUGAUCAGAAGAUGACACUUAUGCACUUUAUAGCAGAAAUGUGUGAAGAACAAUACCCUGAAGUCAUUCACUUCACAGAAGAGCUAAACCAUGUGGAAAAAGCAAGCCGAGUUUCUGCAGAAAUGUUACAGAAAAACAUAGAACAAAUGGGGAAACAGAUUGCCACUUUGGAAAAAGACAUCAGCACCUUACCACAAACCAGUGACGAUCAAGACAAGUUUGUAGAGAAAAUGACCAGUUUUGUACAGGUUGCAAGGGAACAGUUUGAAAAACUAUCAGAAAUGCAUAAAACCAUGGAGGAAGAUUUUGAAGAUCUUGGAAAAUACUUUGUCUUUGACACCAAAAAAAUAUCUGUUGAGGAGCUUUUUGGUGAUCUUAGUAACUUCAAGAGUAUGUUUUUGCAAUCAGUAAUGGAGAACAAGAAAAGGAAAGAAGCUGAAGAAAAAAUCAAAAGAGCCAAACUUGCCAAAGAGAAGGCAGAGAAAGAGCGACUAGAAAAACAGAAGAAGAAUGCAGCAUUUGACAUGAAUGCAGAGGGUGAUGAGACAGGGGUAAUGGACAGCCUAAUGGAGGCACUUGAAUCAGGAGCUGCAUUCAGGAGAAAGAGGGGUCCACGGCAAGCUGCUAAUCGAAGAGGCAAUGCUAUGACUUCUAUUCUUGCCAAAGAACUUACCAAGGACGAUGCCAUCGGUCAGACUGCAAGAAAGAAGCAGAAAGUAAAUAAUGAAGCGAAGGAAGUCACGACACCAAUGGAACAAGAUGAGAUGUUGGAGAGCAUUCUUACACGUUCCAAUUAAACCCAUACAAAAAUGUCUGGAAUUUAACAUCAUGUGCCAUAAAUCCAUCUAUUUUGGUAUGGUGUUUUUUUUUAAGUAAUCUGAAGGUGUGACAGUUGGAUUUUUUGGGACUAAUUUUAUCUCACUUGAAAAUGAUGGCACUAGCCAGACUGGCUUCUUGUACAUUUAAAAUGGGGCAGUGUGGCUGAUAUUUCAAUGCAUAAUAUUGUUCUCUGAUAUAAGUUUUUGGCAAUGCUGCAGUGCAGACUUUGUCUGUCAUAGGUGGCCCUCUCAUAUUUUGGGUGCCUUUGCUUAUCUUCCUCAAGUUUUAAGCAUAUCUGUUGAUUCCCAUCUUUGAUGGGUUUUAUGUCAAACUCUCAAGUUAGUGAGAUGAAAAUAAAUUUGUUUGCACAUCAGCCUCAUAGGCCACUUAAAAUAACUCAGUAGGUGUUUCAAAUCACAUUCAUUCCUAAUAGUGUUGUAAAAUAUUUUAUUGGAGAUGGAGGGGAGACAUUCUUAUUGUAUCACAGAUCACACUUAUGGCUAUUAAUAGACAGAUGUCGCAUAAGAGCUGUCAAGUAGCAAGUUAUUAUCGAACUGGAAAAAGCACUUGGCCCACCCGUGUUAAACAUCUAUACACAGCAUUGAAACACAUAUAAGAACAAAGUGUUAAUUAUUUUAUGAACUAUAAAGCCAAAAGUUAAAAAUAAAUAUAAAUGAUGAUCAAUAUGUUGUAAAGUUGGAGAUACAGAAAUGCAGCUGUGCUUAUUCCCUUUUUAAUAGCAUUGCCUCUUUGCUACUCAGCUGAUUUUUAUAUUCUCUCUCCUGCACUGUCCACUGAAAUAUUGGUGCAGUGACUCUAGACGUUCACAAAAUAGAAAGACUUCUAGAUUUGCUUUGAGCUCCACAGAACUGCUGACCUUGUACUUUACAGAGGUAGUUUCCACUCUGGUAAGGAUCACAUUUUGGAAUUUUCUCUGUUGAAUCAGGAAAAUAUGACAAAUUAGUCAUUGCCAAAUGCCAUAUAUUAGUUUGAAAGCUGUGGUUCAAUCAUUUUUACUUAUAUUGAACCCAUUCAUGGAUUAGUAUGGCAAACCAUGAAAUGUAUUCUUGUCACCCUGUUCACAUGAAGCUUCCUGAGCUUUGCUGGAUCAUUCCUCUAUGUUUUUUUUUCCCAAUUCUGUUUCUAAGUCACAUUUUAUGCCUUUGACAAAAUCCCAAAAAAGUAAUAUUCCAAUGCAGCAGUUGGGAUGGUCUUACACACAUGAUCAUAGUUUAUCAAUCCCACUGGGAGUGAAAACUACACCAACAAACAAAACUUUUGCCAAAUUACAUGAUUUAUUAUGUUGCCUAUGGAAAAUAUUUCCCCAUUAUUUCUAUUCUGUCCUAGUCCCCCUUGUUUCUAUCUAAACAGUGUUAUGUAUGGUAGAAUAUAGUCUGUAUAUGUUGGUAACUAACUUUUAAUAUAGCGUUUGUUGUAAGUCAUAACCACAACAAUUCAUCUGGUCUACUUGAGAAAGCUAUCAUUCAUGCCUUCAAGAUUCUUUCAAUUCAAUUUCCUUCCACUAACAACAUGUUUUACCCACACUGGAGGAUAAGCAGUGAAGAAAACUCUGUCACUUUCUUCUCAUUUGAAAUUGGAGAGAAAAUGAGAACCAGAGGAAAAUGCCCCGAAAGGUGCCUUCCAUUGAUCGACUAAAAUAAUACCAUUGCUCAUUUUAAAUUUAGGUUGAGAAGUUUUAAAUCCUGGCAAAGUAAAUAUUUGAUCAUAAUGAGCUCAACUACUAAUUUAUUUUAGGUGGCUGUGACUUAGCAAUUCGGGUGAUACACUGUUGUAUUCUUCCUGAUUGAUCCCUGCUGAGGCCCAUCAUCUCAACUAAGUGAUGGGAAUUGCCUUGGGGCUCAUAGGAUUUUGCUGCUGUAUGUAGACAUGUUCCAGAGGAUGUAUGAACCUUUUAACACCACCUUCAAUAGCUAUAACUUCUCUCCUAGCCUAUUUUUUUGGAGGAGGGAGGGGUUAUUUGGGGAUAUUUUUCCACUAAAUGGCUUUCCCUAAAUUUUGAAAAUAUCAAGUGACUGGGGUGCAAUUUGAACUUUUUCAGGCAAAUUUUUUACUACCUACAAACAAAGCCGCACUUUACAAGUGAAUUUUCUAUAGAAUUUAUAUUUGAAAAUUAAAAUUAUUGUUGACCAGUGGAAUCUUCCCGCAGUUCAAAGCAUUGUGCACACUUGAGGUGUUCUGGUGAAGUAGAAAUGGUUACAUAGCUGAAGACUUAUGUUGCAAAAAGCAUCCACCAGUCCUUGACUUUCAGUGGUGUCUUAUUAAUUCCCCCUUUUCAAUUAUUUACUGCCUUCCGGAUUUGAGCUGGACCAAGCAACUGGAGUUCUUUCAGUAGUGUAAACCUGUCUAUUUAUUUGAACAAAAUCCAUUCAGCUAUCAGAAAACUGCAAUUGCACUAAUUCAUGGCAGUUGAUAAAGUUGAAACAUUAUUUGAGCGAUUUUUAAGAGAUUUGUCAAGUGUGUUUGAAAAACCUAGUUUCACAUUGUCAAAAUUUAAAUAUAGAUCAAUCCUGACCAGGGCUAUUCAUGAAACCCAACAGAUUUCUCUAUUUGUCCCGAGUGACUUGAUUUGCUGUCCCAGGUAAAUCUUAACUUUCCAUUAAAAGCCAGUUUCUGAGCAGUAACGAAUCGCUUGCUCCAACAUGAAAGUACAGUUAGGUUCUGAUACUGAGAGUCAACUCUGACUUGAGCAAUUUGAAUUGUCUACCAAGUAAAAUCCACAAUAGAGGAUUAAAUCCUGACUAAAAAACAAUGUGAAACAUCAGUCAAAUGCACCACUUGGGGCCAGGUGCAACUGGAGUUUAGCCUUUUUUCUCUUAGAUCAGCUCUGUAUGCCAAGUGAUUUUGUUCAACCAAACAAUAUUCACUGACCAGCAUUGUAAUACAUGUGCAAUACCACCAACAUUGUCCCAGAACACUAGUUGUUCUACUAGUCCAUGUGAAAAUAUUCUUAAUCUUUAAUGUGUGACUGCUCCUUGGCAUAAGCAUUUACUAAACAUUAUGUAAUGUCAUGAUUAUGGGUUAGCCAAGUAUACUGAACUAGAGGCAUUGUGUUAGUAUUUUGCCUUUCUUUUAACCAGCAUUUCCCUGUCAUUUCCCUUUGCCAUUCCCUCUUUGCUGGAAGUGGGCUUUUGAUCAGUAAUACUGUAAUGUGGAUUCCUUGUGCUUUAACUUUCAGUGCAUGUACUGGAACUUGGAUGUAUUUGGAUCCAAGAGAAGUGUUUUUCCAACCAACAUAAUUGUUAGAUGUAAGCAAUACACAGGUUUUUUUGGUAAUUAGAUUGAUAGAGCUUAGACGACUUUAAUGUGCAAAUAGUAGUACACUGACCUCUAUGACUUCAAAAAGAAUGUGAGUCAUUAAGAACUGGACAACUUUGGAUUACGUCACAGGUGAAUUAUUUAGACAUGUGAGCAACAUAAGAGAGCAAUUUGUUUGAAUUGUUUCAACUUCACCCUGAAGGGCACUGCCCUUGCUGGGAAACUAUUCUCUCAAAGACAUUCCACCAUUUUCUAAGUGAUCAUUCUUUCAUACAUAUGACUGCCAAUUAAUCACCCCUGGACAGCAUCCCACUGAGCCAAUUCUUAAAGCCUGUACGUACUGAACACUGGAUAUGCCAGAGUUACAUUAAAAAGCUGCACUGAGUGAAAGCAAAGUCCUGCUGGAACAAUUCAUGAAUUUGUACUGUAAAUAUGGCUCUUGUUGACUUAAGAUAUUGAAGAUGCCAGAAUAUCCCUGACAAAUGAUAUGUUAAGCACUUUGAGGACGAUGAUGAGGUAAUCAUAAGAAAAAGUGGUAUCAAAAUAAGGAUUCAUCCAAAUUAAGUUACUGAGCUAUCGAAAGCAUGGAUUUUGAGAAAGUGAUCAGAAAUCUUUUUAUUCUACUGACUGCUUUAUAAAAGAUCUGAGAAAUAUGUGUUCCAUUUAUAUCUGAAUCCUGUAGGUUUACACAAUUACUGUAGCCCAUUGAUUUAGAUUGUCAGUCAUUUCAAAUCAUGGUUAGGGUACCAUGGAAAGAGUGGGACCAAUGCUAUAAUUAUUUCCUUUCGUUUUUGAAUAUGUAAAGGCUGCAUUAGAAAAUAUUAGAGAGUUGUAAUUUGAUUUAUUUUCUGCAUUUAUUUCAUAUAUGUAUAUUAUUUUGAUUUACAUGUUGACAGUUUUGUUUGAGAAUAUGUCUAUGUUAGUAAAAGUUGCUGGUCAGCUGGUUUUCAAUUUCUGUUGCCCAUCAUAUCUUGUGUAUUGCAAUAUUUUAAACAUAGGAUACCCACAAUAACAUCUGUUAUUUUCCUGGUCUCUACAUUUUCUUCAGUGCUGGAAUUCACUCAGGAAAGGGUGCCCCUAAGAUGGUUGGCAGCAAAAUCAUACAAUACUUCAGAUUAUAAAUUUAGGAACAAAUGUACCAAGUGACCUUGACUGUCAUAACUCACCAAUCCUGAGAGGAGCUGAGCUCCUGAGUUAUACUCCUCCAUACUAGAAUGCUUAAUUUCUUUCCCCCACUCUGAUCAUUUUCCCUACUGCUUUGUGCAUAUUUUAAUAAAUAAAGAAAUAGGUAAUAAAUAAUUGUUAGAUUUUUUAGAAUUUUGGGUGACACUGUCUAAGAGUCACAUUUGUUAUAGUUGGAUGGUGUAGUGACAUUUGCUGCUUCAGAAGGAUUUUCUGGAAGUCACGGCUGGAAUAAAACAAUACCAGAGAAUGUAUCUUUUACAAUAGUUCUACUGUAGAGUGCCUGUUUAUAUCCAUAAUUUGCAGCUAGGUCCAAUUGAAAAGCAAAUCCAUCUGUUUUACCAGGAGUCAUGUAACAUGAGUGUAAGUAAGGAAUGUCCUGUAUACUAAUACCUGCCCAGGGAUAACAUGUCAAGAUUGAUAUUCAUUCAGUGUUGUGUUAUUGCGAAUUGUGUUUUAAAACUCUGUCAAACCACUGUUCAUUUUUAUUAGAUAAAGGAAUGCAUCCACUUUAUUUACCGGUUGUAAUCAGAAGGUUGCCUUCAGAUUGAAUUAUCCACAUUAGAGGAUAGGAUGCAAGAAAAUUCCAGAAUAUUAUGCUGUUUUCCUCAGUAAUAGAGUGUUUUAUUUUAUUGUAACAAUGUCACUGGAGCUGUCAGGGCGAAAUGAGUAUUAUUUAUCCUUCACAAAGUCAAUGAAUUGUAAAAUACAUGAAAAUCCGCAUCACUUUCAUAUGUUCUUUUUCUUAAAACCACUUGAAUGUGAUGGAAAUAUGUAUUCUAAUUGCUUAGAGUUUUUUUAAAAAAAGCUAUGGCCUGAGGUAUUUAAAACUUGCGACUAUUAAGCCAUUUCAUCUCAUUUCAUAGUGCAGGCACCGAGAAUCUAAAUUGGCCAAAGCUGAGACUUUGGUUGCUAGGAAUAUUGUAAGAAUAAUGAAAUAUGCUUUUUCAAAGAAUUUUCUUUUUUUCAUAGAAAUUGUUUCUUGCUUUGAAAUCUAAUUGUAUCAGAUUUCUGAUUUGAAUUGUAAAUAAAAAGUAUUUUAUCAAG